CUGCGCCAUAUGUACUGCGCAGCUACAAGGAAGAGUCGUAUGUUUCCUGGCGGCUGAUUUUGUGGUAAUUUUCUCUCGUUACUUCAACAUACACAGUGUUGUGCAAACCACGUCGCACGAUCUCGUGGUAUCCGAUACAGAUAAUAUCCGGAUCAUCGUCAAACAAUCCUCGAUUGAAGCACUUGACGAUCAUACAAAUGGGCGCUGAAAUGAGCGGCGGAGUUUUUCCUACCACUGUUGAUGAGGGGACGGCUAUCUACAAAUUUAAAGUGACAUUGAACCAUUUUAAACCAGCUAUUUGGCGACGUGUAGAAGUUCCUGGAUAUUUUGAUUUUUCUCAGUUUGCCCAAGUCAUCAUCCAAGCCAUGGGUUGGCAUGGUGGUCAUUUACACGAGUUCUCCAAUAACAAUCACUUUCGAAUCUUGAAUAAAGAUCCCAAUGACCCGUAUUUCGGUGAAUUCGGUGAUGACCGAGAUGCAAAGGAGAUCAACAUUUCGGACAUAUUCUCAAUGACUGGCAUGAAGUCCUUGAAGUUCACAUAUGAUAUGGGAGAUAACUGGCAGCACAAAGUUCUUCUGGAGGCUGUUUUUCCCGCUGUGGCUGAUCAGGAGUACCCUGUUUGCACUGCUGGGAGAAAUGCUUGCCCACCUGAAGAUUGCGGCAGUGUAAGCGGUUAUGCUAAUUUAUUGGAGGCGAUCAAGGAUCCCAAUCACAGAGAGCACAAGGAGAUGAAAGAAUGGUUGGAUUUCUGUGGAUAUGAGAAUUUUGACCCAAAGAAGUUCAAUAAGGAUGAAGUGCACUUUUUUGAAGUGUAGAUCUGAUUACAAUGGAGUUUUCUAAUUUUCUGGCAUUUAUUUUAUUUUUAUUGUAAGUUAACAAAGCAUUGGUGAUGACCUAAUAACUUUGAUUUUUGUUUAAUGUAAUAUCCAUAUCGGUUUCAAUUUAUUUUAUUUUAUCAAUUUUCAAUUUAUUUUAUUCCCAAGGGUUUCUUUGUGUUUCAUUUAAUAUUCAUACUUGAUUGUCUGCUAGGAUUUGUUCCAUAGAUUACCAAAUGUAAUAUGGCGAAAUAAAUAUUUGCUCCCUUAAAUGAGUUAAUGAAA